UUUCCUUCGCUCCACUUCUGAGCCUAUAAAUAUGGCACUUGUUUCCUUCAUCACUUCAUAUCGAAAACCAUUUCAAAGAGAGAGAAAAGAAGAAAGAAAUACACAAUGGCAGGAAUCAUGCACAAGAUUGAUGACACUGUGAACAAUGGAGGCAAGAAAGAUGAGCGCAAGGGUGAGACACAAGGGGGGUAUAACCAACAGGAUCACAGGGGCGGCGCACAAGGUCAGCACAAGGAAGGGUUUGUUGACCAGAUGAAGGACAAGAUCCCGGGUGGAGGCGGUGGCGUGCACAAGGGGGAGACACAAGGUGGGUACAAUCAACAAGGUGGGGGCAACCAACAGGAUCACAAGGGCUGCGGCGCGCAAGGUGAGCGCAAGGAAGGGUUUGUUGACAAGAUCAAGGACAAGAUCCCGGGGGGAGGCGGUGGCGUGCACAAGGGGGAGACACAAGGUGGGUACAAUCAACAAGGUGGGGGCAACCAACAGGAUCACAAGGGCUGCGGCGCGCAAGGUGAGCGCAAGGAAGGGUUUGUUGACAAGAUCAAGGACAAGAUCCCGGGGGGUGGCGGUGGUAGUGGUGUCCGUGGUGAAGGAGGAGAGAAAUAGAAGAAUGAUGAUGGCCAUAGCAGCAGUGACAGCGACUAAAAAUCUUGCACUGCUUCCAUGGAUUAGGUGUGGAGGAGGUCGAGGUCCUUUCCACCAGUGUUGCAGAUUAUCACUAGUAAAAAAAAAACCUGUACUGUUCAAUAUUUUGUAUCUUGCUUAUAAGUGGUGUUGCUAGGCCGGGGAAGACUGUAAACCGAAAAUGAUAUUAUAUAAUAAGAUAAUAAUUAGUAUUAA